AUGAAACUUCUUUUGUUAUUACAAUUCAUAACUGUAAAUGCUAUAUUAAAUUUUAAAAAGCAUUCAUUAUUAAAUACAACUGAUCAUCGUAUACUUUCAAAUGUUAAAAUCUAUUCAAAUCUUGCUGAAAUUAUUCAACCAUUAGGUAAAUUACCACUUGAAUUUUCUGCUGAAGAUUGGGCUGAUAUACGAUCGGAUUCAAUGACACUUAUUGGUACAAAUGUUAAUGUAACACAACAAACAAUCACUGAAAAGAAAAAAUCAUUGAAUAAUCUUCCAGUUUAUAUACGUUCACCAACAUCAUCACAUACGGAAACAAAAUUUCUUAAAGGUACAAUGAUUGAUGAGAAUCGAAAUCUUGUUAAAGUUAUUGAUAAAGAUAUCAGUAAAGAUCCUGUUUAUCUGACUGUUCCAGCAAAUGAUAUAAUUUAUGAAGAUGAACCAUUUCAAUCAAAAUAUUAUGUUAAUUUUACAUAUGAAACAACUGAUGCUGUUUAUUUAAGUUAUUUACGUUCAAAUCUUAAUUGGAAAACACGUUAUCAAUUAAGUUUAUUUGAAGAAUCGAAAAGUCCAAUAAUUAUUGCUAUGGCGGAUAUUCGAAAUGAUGGUAAAUCAAGAAUUGAUGUUGAACAUGCUGAACUUCUUGGUGGUGAUAUUAACUUACGUAUGUUUGAACAACAUCGAUCAGAACGAUAUGAAGCUCGAGAACAUGCUGUGAUGUAUUCAAUAUCACAUGCACAAUUAUCAACAGGGUCACCACCACCAUCAGUUUCACGUGGUGAAGAAGUAGCUGGUUUAUAUGUAUUUUCUAUUAAUCAACCAUUUUCAAUUGAUGCUAAAACAAAUUAUAUUUUACCAAUGUUUCGUCCACAAGUAACAAUUGA